AUGAGAGCCGGGGGGCCGGGGUGCUGUGGCUCGGACCGGGACGGAGGAGGAGCCGGGCCAGAGAUGGAGGCCAAUCUGAGUGUGGCGGCGGAGGUGGAGGUGGAGGCGGCGGCCCCGGGGGCUGCCACGGCGAUGAGGUACAACCUGCCGGCCCUGUUGUUCGGGGUGCUGCUGAUCGUGGUGAUCAUCUGCGGGAACCUGCUGGUGUGUCUCAGCGUGUUCACGGAGAAGGCGCUGAAGACCACCACCAACUACUUCAUCGUCAGUCUGGCCGUGGCGGAUCUGAUGCUGGCUGUGAUGGUGCUGCCGCUCUUCGUCUUCUCAGAGUUUCAGGACGGCGUGUGGACCCUCGGCACAACGGUCUGUGAUGGUCUAAUGACCAUGGACGUGAUGCUGUGCACUGCCUCCAUCUUCAACCUCUGCGCAAUCAGCGUCGACAGGUUCAUCGCCGUUUCAAUCCCUCUCAUCUACAACAGGAAGCACGUGGACAUGCGGCAGACGGUGCUGCUGUCGGCCACCUGGAUCCUGGCCCUUGCCGUGGCCUCACCUGUCAUGUUCGGCAUCAACAACGUGCCUGGUCGCGAUUCCAGUGAAUGUAAACUAGAAAAUGACGACUAUGUCCUCUACUCGUCUGUGUGCUCCUUCUUCAUCCCCUGUCCAAUCAUGGUGCUGCUGUACUUCGGCAUGUUUCGUGGCCUGCGGCGCUGGGAGGAAGCGCGUAAGGCAAAGCUGAAGAACAGCAUCCAGGCCUGUCGCAAGCUGACGGAUGCCGCUACCUCUCUGCCGCCACUGGCCUCAUUGCCACCGCCACUGCCACCCAUCAUAGAGCGGGAACUGACCGAUACUCCAGAUGAACCAUCCACCUUCCCGUCAGCAGAACAGCCUUUCAACUUGUCAGAGUACAAAGACGGCCCUGUGCCGACGGUCAGCUUCGCAGAUAUCAGGUUCAAACCUGACCCUCAAAAGAGAAAUAGGGCCAAGAUCAACAACCGGGAGAGGAAGGCCAUGAAGGUGCUUCCUGUCGUAGUGGGUGCCUUCCUGUUCUGCUGGACUCCCUUCUUUGUCCUCCACACGAUGCGAGCUCGCUGUCAAGACUGCUACGUCCCACCAGGCCUGAUGAGCGUGGUGACGUGGCUUGGCUACGUCAACAGCGCUCUCAACCCAGUAAUUUACACCAUCUUCAACACAGAGUUCAGGAACUUCUUCAAAAAGUUUCUGCACCGCUGCUGCUCCCAGAUCUGA